CGCAAUCCCGCUUUCUGUUAGGACGACAGUGAAAAGACCAAUUUUUUUUUAGAAAGUCUAGUUAUUCUGAUUUAUCGAUCUUGUGUUUGGACGACAGUGAAAAGAACAUUUUUUUAGAAAGUCUGGUUAUUCUGAUUAGUCGAAUAACCAGCCAGCGGAUCCCACGUAAAAUGCGAGAGCUGCCCAGAUCCUGACAACGUCAGACUGAGUGGCUCCACCAAUCUUGGCCGUAUUUGGAGCUGCCCAAUUAUAGUGGGUUGCGAGGAGGAGACAGGCCUGCCCGCUGCCCAUGUUCAGUUGCAGUGAAAAAAACAAACAGACCUUAAGAGAAAUCUUAUCAAACAAGUGUGCAAAAUUCACUCACUUUGGAGGUGGGAAGACGUUUUAAAACCAUGCGUUAAACAUUUUGCAGCUGCCUCGUGAAUCCAUUGGCACAGAAAAUGGUGAAGUUCAGAGAAAAACAAAGAAAAAAGCAAAAACGAUUGUAAGAUUCAUCAUCAGACUCGUCGGCUUUGUCUUCUAGUGAUAGAAACUUCAAUGGAAAUUUGGGUUUGGGCUGCCAUGUUACGAUGUGGGUCGAGGAGAAUGAGCUCGUUUUUCUGCUGGAUUGUGGGAUUUGAGUGCAUGAGCAAUUACUGUGGAUGACAAAAGCUCUGCUUCUUAUAAACAUUUGAAAAUUAUAUCAUUUUUCUGGUUUCACUAAGUCAACUUAGAUAGCUCAUGUAAUUCUAGGAUUGGUGGAAGACGAUCUCAUUGACAAAUUUCCUACCGGGCUUAUUUUGUUUGCGAAGAUGGAUGGAGAAGGUAGGGAUGAGAUCAUACAGCCGCUGUUAAGAACAGAGUCGAGGUGGGUUGAUGGCAGUGAAGUGCAGGAAGAGUGGCUUCUUGAAGAUGAAGCCAGUAGUAGUAGUACUAGUAGAGGGGAUAAUCUCACUAGGCGCAAGCUCAUUAAGAGGGCUAAAAGAGUGGAUUCCUUUGAUGUGGAGGCCAUGGAUAUUGCUGGUGCUCAUGCUCACCAUGAUAAGGAAAUUUCAAUAGGACGCACCCUCUAUCUGGCAUUCCAAACACUGGGAGUUGUCUAUGGUGAUUUGGGGACAAGCCCUUUAUAUGUUUUCAGCAGUGUAUUCAAACAGGUGCCCAUCAGUGAACCAGACGACGUAUUGGGAGCAUUGUCUCUAGUAAUGUACACUAUAGCUUUGGUUCCUUUGACAAAAUAUGUAUUCAUUGUGCUCAAAGCCAACAAUAAUGGUGAAGGGGGCACAUUUUCCUUGUACUCUUUGAUUUCCAGGUAUGCAAAUGUGAGUAUGCUCCCUAACCGUCAACCAUCGGAUGAAAAGAUAUCUAGUUUUAGGCUCAAGUUGCCCUCCCCAGAGAUGGACAGAGCAUUACGAAUCAAGGAUCUCAUGGAGAGAAGUUCCACAUUGAAAACCCUACUGUUACUCUUGGUUCUGAUGGGCACUUCCAUGGUAAUUGGGGAUGGCAUACUUACACCUGCAAUUUCAGUGAUGUCUGCAGUGAGUGGUCUGCAAGAUAAAUUUUCUAGUUUUAAUCAAGAUGAAGUGGUCAUUACAGCAAUCGUAUUUCUGGUGAUCUUGUUCAGCAUACAACAGUUUGGCACAGCGAAAGUAGGCUUGACAUUUGCUCCUGCACUCUCCCUUUGGUUUUUCUCUCUUGGCGCUAUUGGACUUUAUAAUAUUAUUUCUCAUGAUGUGACUGUCCUGAGGGCUUUCAAUCCAAUUUAUAUCUAUUACUUUUUCAAGAGGAACACUGUCAAGGCAUGGUUGUCACUAGGAGGAUGCGUGUUGUGCAUAACAGGAGCUGAAGCAAUGUUUGCUGAUUUGGGUCACUUCACAGUAAGAUCCAUCCAGCUAGCCUUCACGUUUGUAGUGUUCCCAUGCCUGAUGUUGGCUUACAUGGGUCAGGCAGCAUACCUCAGGAAAAAUCCAACUAUGGUAGACAAAGCGUUUUAUGCUUCAAUUCCAGAUGGUCUUUUCUGGCCAGUCUUUGUGAUAGCUACUGCUGCUGCCAUGAUUGCAAGUCAAGCAAUGAUCUCGGCAACAUUUUCAUGUAUUAAACAGUCAAUGGCCCUAAGCUGCUUUCCCAGACUAAAAAUAAUUCACACAUCAAAACGGUUUAUGGGUCAGAUCUACAUUCCUGUCAUCAACUGGUUCCUAAUGAUAAUGUGCGUCUUAGUAUGUGCUACUUUUAGAAGCACUACUGAGAUAUCAAAUGCAUAUGGUAUUGCUGAGGUGGGGGUGAUGAUGGUGACGACAAGCCUUGUGACAAUUGUUAUGGUUCUCAUAUGGCAGAUAAACAUAUUCUUGGCAAUUGGCUUUCCGUUACUCUUUGGAUCGAUUGAACUGAUUUAUUUUUCUGCGGUUUUGAUGAAAGUGACUGAAGGUGGUUGGCUUCCACUGGCUUUUGCUUGUGUAUUCCUUCUUGUCAUGUUUACAUGGAACUAUGGAAGUGUCCUCAAAUAUCAAUCUGAAGUGAGGCAAAAAUUAUCAAUGGACUUGAUUUUGGAACUAGGAUCCAGUCUUGGGACCGUCCGAGUCCCAGGAAUUGGGUUGGUCUACAGUGAACUUGUUCGAGGAGUACCUGCAGUUUUUGGGCAGUUUUUAACAGGCCUUCCAGCGAUACAUUCUACAAUAAUAUUUGUCUGUAUAAAGUAUGUGCCAGUUCCUGUUGUCCCACAAGGCGAGCGCUUUCUCUUCAGGAGAAUUUGUCCAAAGGACUAUCAUAUGUUCCGGUGUAUUGCUAGAUAUGGGUACAAAGAUAUUCGCAAGGAACAUUAUCAGAGUUUUGAAGAAUUGCUUAUUGAGAGUCUUGAGAAGUUUCUACGUAAGGAGUCUCUAGAACUUGCCCUUGAGAAGGCCAAUUUCAAUAUAGAUUCAGACGAUGAAUCAGUGAAUACCCAAGGAUCAAAUGGAUCAAAUGGUUCCACUGAUCCCCUCAGGACCCCAUUAAUGGCAGACCAGAGGCUCAAACAAGGCAGUGUUUCACAAGGGCCUAGCACUUCAUCUUCACUGCCCACAAGUGCAAUGUCGAUGAGCGAUGAUCCUGGUUUGGAAUAUGACCUUUCAUCUCUGAGAGAGGCUAAAGAAUCAGGAGUUGUAUAUCUUGUUGGCCAUGGAGAUGUCAGGGCUAAAAAGAACUCAUGGUUUAUAAAGAAACUGGCUAUAAACUAUUUCUAUGCAUUCAUGAGGAGGAACUGCAGGGCAAGCACUGCAAAUCUAAGUGUGCCUCACACCAAUCUUUUGCAAGUUGGCAUGACUUACAUGGUCUGAGUAAUCCCUUGCAAACACAACCAUUAAUAAUGAAAUAUGUAAUACUGUAGCGAAACCUCUUUCAUCCAUGAUAAAAUCCUAAAUCAUCCAUUUCAGCUUGUAAGAUUAUUAAUAUCUGUGAAGGCUUACUUUUAGGCAAGUAAGCUUGUACUUUACAUUAUAUAGGCUGUUUAAUGUAGAAUUGCAGGAGUCAUCAAAAACUUGUUACUUGUUGAGGGGAUAUGGGCAAGCCAAAAAUAAUGUUCCAUCGUUUUUAAACUGAUUAAGGUCAAACUAAUCUGGCUUGAAUGUCGUUAUUGAAUAUUUAUUCAAUAUAUUUAAGAGAGAUUUUAUCGUC